AUGAAGACGAAGAAGGCGAAGAAGGACAAGAAGCGCGCGCUGUCGCCCUCGGACGCGUCCGAGGAGGAGCUCAAGGCGGCGAAGAAGGCGCGCAAGGCGGCGAAGAAGGCGGCGGCGGCGGCGGCGAACGCGAACGCGCUGUCGACGUCGUCGUCCGACGGCGCGACCGACGUCGCGCGCCCGCCGACGCCGACGAAGAACUACAGCGUGGACAACCUCCCCGCGCUCGCGCGCGCGAAGGUACGCGACGCGUCCGACGAGAAAGAGACCUCGGCGCCGGCGGACGAGCGGCCCGACCCCGCGGAGCUCGCGGCGUUCUUCGCGCACGGCGGCGACGUCGACGCGUCCGUCGCGAGAUGGCUCACGAAGCACGAGGUGAAGGUUCACGACAGCGCCUCGCCGACGACCGCGUGCCUCGCGUUCGACGACGCGCCGUUCCCGAAGCCGCUCGUGACGCUCCUCAACAGGCAAGGGUUCGCGGAGCCGAGCGCGGUGCAGGGCGCGGCGUGGCCGAUCGCGUCGCGAGGAUUGGAUCUCCUCGCGAUCGCGAAGACGGGAUCGGGUAAGACGCUCGCGUUCCUCCUCCCCGCGCUCGCGCUCGCGGCGGAGCACAAGAAUUCCUCGCGCGGGUCGCCGCUCGCGCUGUGCAUGUCCCCGACGCGCGAGCUCGCGCUGCAGAUAUGCGCGGAGGCGACCAAGUUUGGCGCCGCGGUCGGAUGCCGCGCCGUCGCCGUCUACGGCGGCGCGCCGAAAUGGGCGCAAGCGUCGCAGCUCCAGCGCGGGUGCGAGCUCAUCAUCGCGACCCCGGGGCGGAUGUUAGACAUGCUCGACAUGCACAACAAGGGCGGGAACCCGGUGACGUCGCUGGCGAGCGCGAAGGUGCUGAUCUUGGACGAGGCGGACAGGAUGCUGGACAUGGGGUUCGAGAAGGACAUUCGGCAGAUCGCCGAGUGCAUGCCCGCGGAUCGCCGGACGAUGCUGUUCACCGCGACGUGGCCGAAGAACGUGCAGAAGAUCGCCGCGGAUCUUCUGAAGCCGGACAGGGUGAAGAUCACCGUCGGGAACGGCGGGGACAAGCUCACCGCGAACAAGGCGGUGACGCAGACGGUCAAGGUGAUCGAGGCGAGGGAGAAGUGGACCGAGUUUUUGAAGCUGAUGGAGGAGUACAAAAAAGACGGCCCGCGCCACGGCCAGCGCGUGAUGAUCUUCUGCAACACGAAGAAGGACGUCAACGGCAUCGGCGAGCACCUGUGGAACGAAGGCUACGCCGCGGACACCGUCAGCGGGGACCGGACCCAGCGCGAGCGCGAAGCCGUCAUCGCCGCGUUUCGACGCGGCUCCACGACGAUGGUCGUGUGCACCGACGUCGCCGCGCGCGGCAUCGACGUCCAGGGCGUCGAGGCGGUCGUCAACUACGACUUUCCGAGGGACGCGUGCGACGACUACAUCCACAGGAUCGGACGGACCGGCAGAGCGGGCGCGAAGGGCGUCGCGCACACGCUGUUCACGCGGCAGGACGGGCGGUUCGCGAAGGAGCUGACGCGAAUUUUGGAGGACGCGGACCAAACCGUGCCGGACGAGUUGCGCGCGCUCGCGGCGAGCUCGCGCGACGGCGGCGGCGGGGGGUUCCAAAAGAAGCCGUGGAGGGGUGGCGGCGGCAGAGGGGGUGGACGAGGGGGCGGCAGAGGGGGUGGACGAGGGGGCGGCGGCUUCCGCAAGUGGUGA